UCGUAAAUUUGUGCAAAAUGAUAAAAGCAAUGUUUCCAAAUCAAGUAAAAGGAUCGAAAAGGUUAUGAAAUAGGUUUUAACUAGUUCUGUUUUGUUACACUUCCGUAUCAACAGAGCAUUCGAAUAACAUUUCAAGGGUGGUCUUUUGAAUUGGCGUUGCUGUUGCGGUUAAAAAUGUCGGGACCAGAAUCGGUUGCACAGACAGCCCCAGUCGACCCGCUAACAGCCGGCAAAAUGCGAAGAGUCAUCCUCGUCACCUACCUAAUAGCGGCGAUGGACAUCACGUGGUUGUUUGUCCAGUUCUCCAUAACUCCCUAUUUGGCAAAGAGGCUGGGCUUUGACACCCUCUGGUUUGGGUAUCUGCAAACGACGGUGGGCAUCAUUCAGCUUUUGGGAGGUCCAAUAUUUGGCAGGUUUGCCGACCUGUUCAGGGCACGGGCAGCCCUCGCCCUGUCCUGCAUGGCCUCUGUGGUGUAUUUCAUCCUCCUGGGCCUGACCAACAGCGCUCUCAUGCUCUUCAUCCACAAGCUGCCUGCCAUCUUCAUGCAUGCCCUGCCAGGGACUCAGAUGGUGGUGGCUGACCUGUCAGAGCCCUCCCAGCGAGCCGACGCCCUGGCCAAACUGGGUCUCUGCUUCGGCAUCGGGAUGAUUGCCGGGUCUUCCCUGGGGGGCACGCUCAGCACGCGAUACGGGGACACCUUCGCUGCGGGCGUGGCCGCCUGCGGGAGUCUGUUCAGUUUGGGGCUGGUUUUGAAGUUCAUCCCCAAACACACUAAAAAACAGAUUGCAGAGGACGGCGCAGACAAAAAGGGUGGUGCUGGGUCAGUGUUUAACCUGGGAGAGAUCGUCAGGUUGAUGAAGUUCCCAGGUGUGGCUAAGACCUUCACCGUGAAGAUUGUCUCUGGGCUCCCGGGAGGCAUCUUCCAGGUCAUGUUCUCCAUCAUCGCCAUGAACUUCUUCCAGCUGCAGGCGGAGCAGACGGGGUACUUGAUGGCGUACUUCGGGGUGGUGCAGAUGGUGAUCCAGGGGGGUGUAAUAGGGAGAAUGACAGCGAGGUACUCUGAAAGCUCGCUCCUCCUCCUCUCCAUUGGUGUCACCAGCAUGGUGGGCCUGGCUCAGGCGCUGAUGUCCAACGUGUUCCAGUUCUGCCUCAUCGUGGUCCCCAUGAUGUUCUCCCUGAGCAUGUUCAACGUCAUCACGGACAGUGUGCUGACCAAGAGCGUGCCCGCCUCAGACACAGGCACAAUGCUGGGCUUAUGUGCUUCGGUGCAGUCUUUGCUACGCACCAUCGGUCCAACCAUCGGGGGAUUCCUGUACGAGAACUACGGUGUGCCUUCAUUUGGGUUCAUUCAGUUCUCUGUCAACAUGCUGGUGUUCCUGUACCUCCUGAGAAAUGAUAUAGGAAGAACAGAGGAGCGCAGAGACUGAAUUCUACUGAAGUAUGUUAUUUUAUCAAACUGCAAUCGCUUAAUCACAGUUUUAUUUUUAUACUUUGUUUUGAUGAUGAAAUACUUUUCUCUAAUUUGUUACGUAUAACAGGUUAAGAAACCUCUCAGUCAGUCUUUCAAUCAUAUGAUCCAGGAAAUUUUCCAAAAAAAAAAGUUUUUUAAUGUAUGGUAAAUUGUGCCUGUGUUGCCUCUGUUUGGGGAAAAAAGGUGUUUCUGUAAUCAACCUUAUCUUCAUUCUCCACUGAACUGAUUCAUUCAAAAGGCAGAAAUUGGUUUAGGGCAAUUUGCCCAAUUUUACAUUAAAUCUUUGAUUAAUUACUUUUUGUUCUCAUACAUUUGUGGUUAUGCCUAGUAAGUCCGGUGUAGCAUUGUUACGACAUAUCCCAGAAUUGGGAAUACAGGUAGAACAACAUUUCCAGAAGAUAUUAAGAAAUGAGAGGUGUUUAACUGGAGGUAAAAGGUCAUGGUGUGGAACUUCCCUGAUGAUUAGACUUAACAAACUUCAGCUUCUAAACUGGGGGGGCUCCAGGGUUAUGAUCCUAUUGUUGGGUGGUCAGGGGGCAGGCAUGCUAUGAGAGAUUAAGGCUGGGGCCAGGUUGUGAGAAAUGUAUUUUUAGCCCUGAGGCACUCGUCCUCAAAUCAACAGAUCCAUUGAUCCUCAUUGCAGUCAAACCCAACAGCAAAAUCCGACACACCUUGCGCCCUGUACAGUUUUUUUUUUAUUCAGUAUAAUUUCAGUCUGUUGGAAUUUUUUAUACACUCUGAGACACUGUGCAUCCUGGGACAUUACGUGUUGCUGUGAGGAGGGGAGGCCUGCGUGAUGAGAGUAGUCAACUAGAAGUGCCUUCUCUGUUUUAUCGGCAUUCAAAAUAAGCAAGAAAUAAGAAUAGUAUUAAGAAUUGUUCUAAAGUAAAAACACGGGAGAGGGGAGUGUUUUUUUCCGUAAGUGUAAUAUGGUGCCUUCAUUAACCAUAUCAUCUGACAUAAAGCACAGAAGCCGCCUGCUACUUGGUGGAAUUUUAUCGCAGUCUCUUUGUUUGUUCAUGUUUAACUUCCACAUUUACUUGUGUACACUGAAUUCUCGGUAUAGCAGUGAUUGGUGAAGGGCAGAGGACAGCUUUCCCUACCCAUGCAAUAAAGACCUUCAAAGGUACCGCGUCAUCCGAGAGUUUAUCUAUCUAUGGUUAGGGCUACACACACGAGGGAGGGAGAGAAAAGAGGCAAUUUUGAACAAGAUGUGAUCAGGAUAGAGUCAUUGGUGUCUGUAGUGUUUAUGCAGUCCGGGUGUAUAGACCAGUGGUCACCAUUUUGUUGGUGGGGGCUUACAAUGAUACUUAGGCAUUUGCAAACUUUUAGCCAGGAGCUGGUAUAGAGCAGUUUGU